CGUGCUCCAAUGUUGUGCUAGCUGCUUUAUCAGUGACAUAACCUUAUUACAAUCUUUCGCGAUAACAAACCUUACCGGAAAUGGACUGCGAAUCAUCCCAGCCUGCAGGCCAAUCCCAGGACGAUACCGUGCUAAAUCUGAGCACCGAGUCCUACUUCACCGUUGACUGGAAGCAAGAAUUUCAAGAGGACACCGAGCAGGCCAUCCUGAACCCAUACCCAACGGACAAAGUUAUGCCGGCGAUCACGCGGUUGCUGUCUAGUCUGUGCGAACGGUUCCAGCUUUCCCACAGCAUCGAGUUCUCGGCCAUCGACACGUUGGAACAACUGCUGGUGAAGAUUCUAGCUGCUCAUGAUGAUUCGGCCGAAGAGAACUUUCUUCGGCAGGCGCCUUUGUACGUGCUCACGGUGCUCAAUCUGGUUGGGAAGUACUUGAACUCCAGCACCAUGUUGGAUCCCGGGUUGAUGCAGCAAAUACUUGAACGCACCAGCCCAGAGCUGGCUUGGAACGAUGGGCGAUUGCGGGAGAUGGAAUUCGAUGUGCUCAAAACGUUGAACUACAAGAUAUCUGAAUCCCUCCUGCUGGGUGCUGUAGAGCGGUUUUCGAAGGACUACAUUUUGACGCUUGGAAUAGCCCGGAAGAAUACCAUCGGCGACGUCGGGGUCAAACUGCUGCGGGUCGUUUAUGCUCAAAAACAUGCCAUCUACAGCAGCUUGAGAUCGAGUAUGAAUUCCGAAGACAUGUUCGUGCAGUUCAAGUCAAAUCGGCUAAUCCUUGCUGCGGCGGUGGUAAUGUCCAUUCUGGAGUUUUGUCAGGUCGAUGACAAGCAGAUACAUGAUCGUGUCGUCGAGUCGCUGUCCAGGGAGUGCUUCGUGGACCCCAUGAAUAUUGUCUUCUUAAAAGAUGCCAUUCUUAACGUGAUCAACUAAUUCUGUCAUGUUUACGUGACAGGUCGCUUAG